AUGACCAUCACAAAACUUGCCGUUGUUGUCCGAAUGAAUGUUCCAAAGGCCUCAAUUCAGAAGGAAUUUUUAGGGCAGUUAUCGGAAUACCUGGCCAAAAAAUACAAUACGGAGGAACAGCACGUGGUUCUCGAGGUCCACGGUGACGUCAUGAUGAUGCGUGCAGGAAAAACGUCACCCAUGUUAAACAUGGAUAUUUAUCACAACAGCGACAUGAUCACCCAGGCAACCAAGCACGCUGACGCCGGCACCAUUGCCAAGUUUGUUAAUGAGAAAGUCAGCAUUGCCGUUGAUAGAAUAUUGGUGCUUUUCUUUGACACCAGAAAGUGCACGUGACCGAUGGUAUCAGUUCUGCCUCCAAAGUCGCGUGCAGAUCGCAG